AUGUGCGCUGGCCUGAUGUCUUCACUUCUGCCCCUCAUCUCGCGCAGGUCGCCGUCAAUAAGAGUCCAUAUCGCUGCUUUGAAACGCCCGCAUCCCGUCCUCAAGCGCAGUCUCUCGCCUCGCCUUUCACGAUCCUGGUUUGCCUCAUCAACAGUCAACAUGAAGCCCGAGGAGCUCAAGCACUAUCUGGCGGAUCAGCCACCCACCGUCGUCCGCCUGGAGAUUGAGAAGCAUUUCUCCCUUCUCUCUGAGAAGCAGAAGCGUUAUGCUCACUUUAUCAGCAAGGCUGCCUUUGCUGGUUCCAGAAUCGUCUUGCGACAGCUUUCGCCAGAGUCAGAGCCCAUUUAUGACUUGAUAAUCACCCUUCACAAGUCCACCAAUGGCGACUGGAGUGCGUUGGCCAAGAAGGCCGGCGUUGAGGAGUCGGAAUUGAACCUCUUCCUGGAGUAUACCGGCAUGUUCCUCGGCAAUAUGGGCAACUAUAAGAGCUUCGGAGACGCCAAGUUUAUUCCCAGAUGCACCGAGAAGACAGUUGCUGCUUUGGCCGCUACAUCUCCCGAGGCUCAGAAAUUCUACGAGGCUACCAAUGGUGCCAUCUUCAGCCACGAAGAUCCCGCUUCUAUGCACCUCGGGUUCCUAGAUGCUGGCCAUAUGACAACUUACUAUCCUGACUCAAAGGAUAUCACCAAGCCCGAGAUUGAGGCUGUCUCAGCGUGGAUGGAGGAGAAGAGACUGCUUCCUGAGAAUACCAGACUGCGAAAGACUGCUGAUGGUUUCGACAUUCUCAUCGCUUCUGCUGUUACCAGUGUCCCCGCUGAAGGAGGCGAUAUUGGAAAAGAGACAAAAUUCACUGUUGAGAGUGGUCCCCUCAAGGGCAAGACCAUCAGCCUGGUCUACGGUGAUUAUGCUGAUGAGAUGAAGAACAUCACUGCCAACAUCAAACAGGCUGCGGCCAACGCGGACAAUGACAACCAGAAGAACAUGCACUUGGCCUAUGCCAAAUCUUUCGAGACCGGCUCUCUGGAGGCAUUCAAGGACAGCCAGCGCUUCUGGAUCAAGGAUAAGGGUCCCAGCGUUGAGUGCAACAUUGGUUUUAUCGAGACGUAUCGUGACCCUGCUGGUGUUCGCGGAGAGUGGGAAGGUUUCGCUUCCAUGGUUAACCAGGAGCGAACCCGUGCUUUUGGCGAACUCGUUGAGGCCUCGCCCUCUCUCAUCCCCUUACUUCCUUGGAGCAAAGAGUUCGAAAAGGACAAAUUCCUCUCUCCCGACUUUACAUCACUAGAAGUGAUGACCUUUGCGAACUCCGGUAUCCCUGCCGGUAUCAACAUUCCCAACUACGAUGAUAUCCGACAAACUGAAGGCUUCAAGAAUGUAUCUCUUGGAAACGUCCUCAGUGCCAAGGCUCCUAAUGAAAAGAUUCCCUUCAUCCGCCCUGAGGAUCUGGAAGUGUACCAGGCAAACCGGGACGCCGCUUUCGAGGUCCAAGUUGGACUUCACGAGCUUACGGGUCACGGCUGCGGUAAGCUUUUGCAGGAGACUUCUUCUGGAGUUUACAACUUCGACAAGGAGAACCCCCCUGUUAGCCCUGUUGAUAAAAAGCCCGUCACCACUUGGUACAAGCCUGGUCAGACCUGGGGCUCAGUCUUUGGACCCAUCGCGGCCUCGUAUGAGGAAUGUCGUGCGGAGCUGGUUGCCAUGUACCUCAGCUGCGAAUUCCCCGUUCUCAAGAUCUUCGGGUUUGGAGACGGAAGUGAAGAUAUCAACGGCCCUGCUGGAGAUGUCCUCUACGCAUCUUACCUCUCCAUGGCUCGCGCUGGCCUUGCCUCUCUGGAGAUGUGGGAUCCCAAGAGCCAGAAAUGGGGACAGGCACACAGCCAGGCCCGCUUCUCCAUUCUCAAGUCUUUCCUCGAGGCCGGUGACGAUUUCUGCAAACUGGAUUACACCAAGGACGACCUUUCUGAUUUGACCAUAAAGCUGGAUAGGUCCAAGAUUCUGACGGCUGGCCGCAAGGCCGUUGCCGAUUACCUUCAAAAGCUUCACGUUUACAAGUCAACUGCCGACGUCAAGACUGGAUCUGAUUUUUACCUCGGAAUGAGCAACGUUGGCCUUGACUUUUGGGGCACAAAGGUUCGCAACGUCGUUCUCGACAACAAGCAGCCUCGCAAGGUCUUUAUCCAGGCCAACUCUACCCUGGAUGAGGCCACAGGUAAUGUAUCGAUUAAGCACUAUGAUGCUACGCUUUUGGGAAUGAUUGAAAGUUGGUCCGAUAGGAACUUGUAA